CUGAUGCUCUGCUUUCACAAUGAGACCUAAUUUGAAUCCCUCUUUUUUUACUUUCAUUCUUGUCAAGGUUACUCUUUCUCUGGAAUACUGUCCACUUCAUUGCCAGUGUGACUGGGACAUCAGCAGUGUGUCAUGUUUUGGUGCCGAAGUCAUGCCUGUUUUCCACUCCAGCACACAAGAGGUGUGGCUUGUGGGGACAAAGCUUUCUUCUGUUCCUCAGAAUGCCUUUGCCAACUUGGCUAAUAUUUCUCGCAUAUACAUCUCUGAUGAUGAUACUCUUAGAUAUCUAGAGAGGCAUUCUUUCCACAACCUGUCCAUGGUCACGCACAUACAACUAACUGAUAUGAAAACACUAUCAUACAUUGACAAAGAGGCCUUUAAGGAUCUGCCUAAGUUAAAAUACCUUGGGAUCACAAACACAGGUCUCACUUCCUUUCCUGGGCUGCAGUAUAUUCAGUCCAGUCAAGAGGAUUUUAUUUUGGAAAUAGUAGAGAAUGUCUUCCUUCAAGUCAUACCUGCUAAUUCUUUUACUGGAAUAUCUGCAAAUUCUUUGACCAUCAUGCUGAAUGACAACGGUGUGAAAGAGGUCCAGCACUGUGCUUUCAACGGGAGCAGACUGGAGGAAGUGUACCUUCACAGAAAUGUGGAUCUGGAACGAAUAGAUGAAUUUGCAUUUUAUGGUGUGAUUCAUGGCCCAACUCACUUAGACGUUUCAGAAACCAAAAUAAGCUCUUUGCCUUCAGUAGGCAUGGAGACCAUUGAAAAGCUCCAAGCUAAAAACACAUGGGCCCUGAAAGUACUUCCACCAUUUAGGGCCUUUCUCCAUUUACAGAGUGCUGAACUAACAUUCCCAAGCCAUUGUUGUGGUUUAAAAAUGCUGAAAAGAUGGAGAGGACACUCUGAGGAAGUUAUCUGCAACCUGACGGGGACUGCUUCAGAGAGGCUGCAGGAACACUUUGGAGCUAUUUCUCAAAGACAUCUUGGACACAAAAUCUCCCAACAUCCGACAGACAUCUUUGGUCUUCAAAGAACUGGUUGGAUGAAUCACACUCCCAGCAACAGCCUCAUUUGCCCGACCAGACAGUCUCAGACUGAAGGUUUGUUUUAUGUGGAAUUACCUAAAGAGCAUGCCAGUGAAGAUUUUGAUUUUGCACUAUGUAAUGAACUUCACAGCAACAACAGACUCUUAUGCACCCCACUGCCUGAUGCCCUGAACCCCUGUGAGGAUGUAAUGAGUCAAGGCUUUCUGAGGGUCUUGGUCUGGAUGGUCAGUUUGUUAGCCAUUUCAGCCAACCUAUUGGUGUUGUUCAUCCUGCUGACCAGCCAACAGAAGCUGUCCGUUACCCGUUUUCUUAUGGGUCACCUGGCAUUUGCAGACUGCUGUAUGGGGAUGUACUUGCUGCUUAUUGCGUCUGUUGACUUCUAUACACGCUCCCAUUAUUACCAUUAUGCUAUUGCCUGGCAAGCAGGAAGUGGCUGCAAUCUGGCAGGAGCGUUAUCAGUGUUUGCCAGUGAGCUGUCAGUGUUCACGUUAACUUUCAUCAGCCUUCAGCGCUGGCAUGCCAUCUUCUACGCAAUGAGGCCGGACAGAAAAAUUAGGUUACGCCAUGCAGCUGUGCUAAUGCUCAUUGGGUGGUUGCUGUGUGUGAUUGUAGCACUGCUGCCAGUGGUUGGUGUCAGCAGUUACCAGAAAGUCAGCAUUUGCUUACCUAUGGACACUGAGACAAUUGCUGCUCGGACCUACAUUGUUUCUGUCUUGAUGGUUAAUGUCCUUGCUUUUAUAGUGGUGUGCUUAUGUUACCUCCACAUCUACUGUAUGGUUCACAAUCCCCAGCAUGACUCCAGCAGAUGUGACACCAGCAUGGCCAAACGCAUGGCUGUUCUCAUUUUCACUAACUUUCUGUGUCUGGCUCCCAUAUGUUUCUGUGGUUUGUCUGCAGCUCUCCACCAACCACUGAUGACGCUCACAGAUUCUAAGGUGUGAAUUGUUCUUAAGCUUUAAUCAAGAUAUUGUUCAGUUGAAAGUAAAGCCUGAUUCAUAUUUUUCUCCAUAGGUGCUGCUGGUGCUUUUCUAUCCUCUCAACUCUUGUGCGCACCCAUUUUUUUAUGCUAUCCUGACCAAAGCGUUUCACAGAGAUAUCCUGAUGUUGCUGAGCCGGAUGGGGCUCUGUCAGCGGCAAGCACACCUCUACCGAAGCCAGCUUGUCAGUGUUGCUCCCCACACAUACAGAGACACAAUGUCUGCCCCACAUGCCAGCAUACACAUCCCAAAAUGUGCAGAAAUCGCUUGGCCACAAAAAAUGCCAUUUAAAUUUGAUUAAUAGUCUUAUCAAUCGAUUUUUAAAGCAAUAACUAUCUUGCAUAAAUGCUCUUACAUAUUCACAGAACCUAACCAGAGCAUACUAUGGCAUAUGAGAAUUCAUCCAUUCAUUUUUGAAUUAUUUUACCUGCAUAUUUAUGAUGUGGUUGUUAUUUGCCAUUCCAAUAUAAUGAUCAAAGUUAAUGAAUUCAGAACAGCUUUGAUUCAUUUUGGCAUUAAUUCAGCAAGUCUAUAAAACUACUGGAGAAAUGAGACAUCAUUCAUUUGAAUGAUUUUCAAACAUUUGGUGUUCUGAUGACAGUGGUGAAGAGAACUGACUUAACACGUCCAAAAUCUCCUCCAGUUGUUCAAUUGGGUUGAGAUCUGGAGAUUGCGAUAGCUAUAGCGUGUAAGGCACAAAACUGUAAUACUAAUCAAAUGAUGAGUAACCCUUGUGUCCUAUGAAGGCACUGUCAUUCUGGAAGAGACCACUCCUAUCAGGAUAGAAAUGUUUCAUCAUAGGAAAAAGGUUAUCAAAAGAAGUUUGUAUAGAAUUGCAGUUACCUGUCCCUUUAAGGCAACAGGUUCAGGUUUUUCCUGCAAUUUGCUACUCAUCUGUAUCUGUUAUCAG